AUGAGCGCGACCUUGUUCGACAACUUGCCGUAUGAAGUACAGGGACUUAUCGGGAACCACCUCAGCCCACGCGACCUGGCUACCUGCACUCGCAUCUGUCAGGCUUGGAGAGCAGUCUUCGACCCAAUUCUCUGGAGCCACGUCAACCUCGACUUUGACAACGUUGUCAAGGAGAACAGCGCCCUCCCAGGUGUAUUGAAGACCCACGGCGGCAAUAUCCGAUCGAUUCGCCUGAGCUGCCCAUACGACAAAUACCAGAGUCCACAAACUUUCUGGAUGCACUGCCCACCUGACCUUCCUCUGCUGGACUCGAUGACCACGAUUGGCCAGUGCCCCCAUGGCUGGAUGUAUCUUCCGUUUUACUGCCCGCCCUCGGUGAAGUGGAAGAAACUGGUUUUUUGUAUGAAUGGCUAUGCUAGUAGCAAUUCAGUAUAUAGCAGAGACUUCUUCGACUUUCUCGACAGGCAUACUCCUACUCUCGAGGUCUUCCGUUUGGACUGGCGCUCUUUUGCUAACGGCAAAUGUGUCAAUCGGCUGUUGUCGAUGGCGCCCAACCUCAGAGAACUUUACAUUUCGAGCGAUCGUCGGGAAGUGGAAGGUGGAGUGCUGAAUGCACGGGAGAUUGCAAGGACGGAUUGGGUUUGCACCGGUCUCGAGGUCUUUGUCUGUCGGAUCGGGAACAUUCCACGGCCGGAUAUUACCCGUCACAUCGGCGGUUCUCUCAGCAAAGAACGAGUCAAGAGCGAGACGCUAGAGGAGAGUAUCGAGCUCCAGCGUCAGGUGUAUUCAAGGCUGGCUCGGUUCACAAGGCUGCGAGAGCUUCGGCUGGGCUUUCCUGUCAACUCUCGGAGCUCUUAUCUUAAACACCGACGAGGAGACAAGGAGAAGUACCGACAAUAUAGCUGUCUUGCUAUGACGGUGGAGAGCGGUUUGGAUUUGCUGAAGGACCUCAAGGAGUUGCGGAGAGUUGGCUUGCAGGACAUGGAGAUAUAUAUCGACGGAGACAAGGAGCAGACUUGGUUUGCGGAGAACUGGCCGAAGGCGACGAUUGAAUAUGAGCACUAUCAAACGGAUUCGGAUGCGACCACCGUCUCAAGAGAUAGCGACGACCCCUACACUGAUACCGAUUCUGACGAGAACAGCGAUGGUGAAGAGGAUGAUGAAGGCGAAAAUGUGAACGAAGACGAACAAUAA